CUGGAGCCAACUAAACAAAAACAAAAUAUACCAAAAAAAAAACAAUAAAGACAAUAGUAACAAUCUAAAUCAUUUUCUUGAACAUUAACAAAAAUACCAAAAACCAUUGUUGUACAAUCCAUUGUUUGACAUUAUUAUUCUAUAUUUAGUUGUUAUUUCCAUAUUUUCAAGGAAAAUAUUGGAAUCCAUAAAAUUUGAUCACUUACUACAGUGCAUAGACAAUGUGCAAUGACUGACAAGUCCUAACCAUCCAGAUGAAUCUGAUUAUUCCAGCUGUAAAUUCGCAAAAAUGCGUUAAGGCUCGUGCUCUUUUUGAUAACAUUGCUGAGGCUCCCGAUGAAUUGGCAUUUCGAAAAGGUGAUAUACUUACUGUUUUAGAACAGAACACUGCCGGUUUGGAGGGAUGGUGGCUUUGCACAUUACGUGGUAGACAAGGAAUAUGUCCAGGAAAUAGAUUGCGUCUUCUUGUAGGCCAAUACGAUAACGAAGGAUCUUUUACAUUGGAUGGCUCACAAAAACAAGAGAAACGACGAAGUUGGCAUGUUCAAUCAAAUAGAGUGAUAACUCCACAAAAAUAUGGAGAUAUCUUUCUUUAUGAUCUUCCAACAAGUAGAUGCAGUAUUGCCCCAUCUUCAAACGAUUGUUAUUUAAAUGAAAGAAACGAACACUUGCGCAUAGAUCGAAUAAUAGCAAAUAUGCGUAAGACAUCAGUAACUGAGGAUUUUGACAAUGUUGAUUGUUACGAUACACCACCGAAAGCAAUUCCCGUUGCUUCUUCGCCAACAAGAAGUCCAAGUCCCAUUUCUCUAUCAGGUUAUUCUGUGCCAAAACCAACAACCAGCAAAUCUGGUGUAACGCCUCUUGACAGUUAUGAUGUUCCACGAUCUUCUCAACCAUUAACACCCAGUAGUUCUACAUCAAGUCUUACAAAUGACGGCUCAUCUCUCAGUGGAUCAAAUAGAUCAAGUAUAACAGCUGCAGAUUAUGACGUUCCGCGAUCUCGUUUUUCGUCUGCUAUGUCUUCACAUCAAAUAACAUCAUCUAAAAUCUUAUCAUCAUCAUCAGCACAAAAUAAUCAACAACAAAUUUAUGACAUUCCGAUGAAUAAAAUUCUACCAUUAGAAUUGGAUCCAGCUUUAAUUGAUUUACAAAAACUACAAACUGAAGCGUCAGCAGCUAUUACAAAAUUAUUGAGUUUUAUAAAUCCUGGAUGGAGGCAAUUGCAAAAAUUGGAAAAAACUUUAAUGGAUAUUAAAUUUGCUGCACAACGAUUGAGAACAUCAUUGCAUGAUUUAACGGAAUUUGCAGAAGGUGUUCUUGGUAAUGCUGGAAAGGUGCCUGACAAAGGAUUAUCAAUGAAAUUACGACCAUUAGUUAAAGCACUACGCGAUACUGAUAAACUAAUUGAAAAAGCUUUUUCAGAAUUAGAAAUCAUUAAAUGGGACACAACACAGCUUUGUCGUGAAGAAAAUGAACCAUCGUCAAAUUCAUCAGUUUCCUCGCUAUUGUCUUCAAUUUGGCCUGCUGAUCCAUUAGAUCAAUUAGUUGCUUGUGCUCGAGUUUUAACAGAAGAUGUUCGACAAGUUGCCAGUUUUAUUCAGGGUAAUUCGACAUUAUUAUUUAAAAAAAAUUCAGCUACAGUUUAUAAAAACAAUAGCACCGAGGCCGUGACUGAAGAUUAUGAUUAUGUUAAUUUGGAUUCACGUGAUGCAGUUGUAAAACAAAGGGAAGAAUUGAGAGAAACUUUACCGCAGGAACUGAGAAAAAAUUACGAUCUUGUUGUAUCUGAAGCAGAUCAAGCUGCAAUUCAACUUUCAAAUGUUAUAUUAUCACCAAUGGAUCCUAAUGAUAAGCAGGUUUUAUCAUUUUAUGCUGCUCAAGCAAUUACACAUGGAUCGCAUUUAACUCAUGCAAUUGAUGCUUUUUUACAAACAGUCGAGCACAAUCAACCUCCUAAGGUAUUUCUAGCUCAUGGAAAAUUUGUCAUACUCAGUGCACACAGAUUGGUUCAUAUUGGCGACACUGUUCAUCGUAAUGUAUCGCGAAAUGAUUUUCGAACGCGAAUUCUUCAAAGUGCUAACACUUUAAAUGAUGUACUUGCGCAGACAGUUACUAAAAUUAAACAAGCUGCACAAUAUUUUCCUAGUGUCACUGCAGUUCAAGAAAUGGUCGACAGUGUUGUUGACGUUUCUCAUAUGGCCAAAGAUUUGAAACUUGUUUUAAUUCACGCAGCCCAACAACCAUAAAAUUAAAAAUAUUGCUAAAAAAACAUUAUUAUUCAUAAUAUAGCUGAAUCAAAUUAAUAUUCUAUCUACUAAUUAAGUAAAAGAACUUAAUUACUAUAUUUAAUUAAAUUACUUCAAGGUUAAACUGAAAAAAAAAAUUUUGGUUAUUUUAUGCAAAAAAUUGAUCUACUUAACAUUCCUUUUGAUUAGAAUAACCAGACUUUUUUUUCAUUAACGUAGAUUAAGAAAUAUUGACAA